CGUAUCUGGUUGUGAACCAGCAGUUUAAGCAUUUUCACACUCGAGUACGGUUUGAAUCUAUGUGCGUGAUGAUCGCAUACCACACCAUCACACCAUGGUGUCAAACAGAGUCAAAACGAUAGUCACUACGUCCGUGGUGAACAUGCGAACCCCGUCCAUUCCGUCCACCGGUUACGCGUGUGUCAACAAGUAGUUUAAAUCAUCUUUGAUUUAAACGUUGAAAUAGAUAAUGUUUCAAGUUUGCAUGGUAAUUUUAUUCCUAUCAUAUCAAUAUGAACGAAGUUCUUUGAAUGAAUAGUUUUGAACGCUCAAGAUUCGUAUUGAUCAGACAUAUUAUCACAGUGCCCGAUAAUUUUUCGAGGUUACUGCUAAUGACAAAUUUAUUUUACACCACACUCAAAUAACUAUAAAAUCAUGGAUGAAGUAAUCACCUUGUCAAGUGACUCAGAUGAUUGGGAGCCAAUAAAUAAAUCACGUAAAACCAACACGAAGAAAAUUGAUGACUGUAAAACAGAGUUGACCAAAGCGAGAUUUCCGUUGAGCAUAUCAGAUGACGAAUAUGAUCUUCCUGCAGUCCCUUUUUCCAGUAUAACUGCUGCAAAACAAUACCCUGAAUCUGUGCCUUCAUCUUCAGAAAGUAUUAUGAAAUCCAUUGGUAGUAUUGAAGAAAAGUUAUUAAACAAAUAUUUGGUUAAUGAGAUGAUGAGUGAGCCAAUCACUGAAGCAAAAAAUAAAAAUGUAGCUCCCAAAGUCAAUGAACUAAGCACCAAUCAAAAAUAUUCAUUGAAAACCCAGAGAAUGAAGAAUGCUGAAGACACUGCGCAUAAAAAAGCACAAAAAUUGGCAAACGCAGAGCGUUGGAAGAGCAUGAAGCCUGGAGAAUGCAUGAAGUACAUUAAAGUUGCAAUAGAUCUUAAAUUUCAGGACUUUAGCUUCUUUGAAGAUCUUGUAAGUGAGUUUCGUAACUUGCAGCUUACGUAUGCUAUACAAUCCCAAAAAGUUCUAAAUACCAUUACAUGGACAAGGACCGUGAAAGAAAUUGGUAGUGUUAUCAACCAUUCAAUUGAGGAGAAUCAAAUAAUUAUGGUUGCAGAUUACCGCAACACUUUAAAGCAUAUUGAAAAUGGUACUUUUAUUGCUUCAAUCGCGAAUAUCAAGGAACUCACACCUAACAAAGUAUUGACAUUGAUUAUUUAUGGGAUGGAGAAAUACUUUAAACAUCAUAAGGAUUUAAAAAAAAGGGCAGUCCGAAAAAAUGCAGGCUUAAAUGCUAAAGGCAGAAGUAACAAAGAAUUUGAAGAGUUGCCGGUAAUAACUAAACAAAAAUUAGAAUUGUGCCUCACAGAAAUUCAAUUGAGAUUCAACUGUAGCAGUCAAUUAAUUGAAAAUCCGCAAGAUUUAGCAUCAGUAAUUUAUCGAUACACAAAAGCGAUUGCUGAGGCACCUUACAAAUUGGAAAAAGAGAAAGUGUUACAAGAGAACGAGUUAGGUUGGUACUCAGCUGCAUUAAAAAAAGAUACAGUGCGAGUAGACAAAGAAGGAAAUGGACUGAAAAGACUCUGGCAACAGCAGCUCUGCCAAUUCCACUUGGCUAAAUUAGAAACUGCAGAAGCAAUCCUCUCCAAAUAUCCAUCUCCAUUGCAUUUGAUGGAGGCUUACGCUAACUGCACACCUUCAGAAGGCAUUAGGCUACUCGAACACAUCCCCAUUCGGAGAGCUGCUGGACCGCUCACAACAAUUCGUAAAAUAGGGCCCGAACUUAGUAAAAAAGUGUACGUUAUGUUCACAUCUGAGGACGGCGAAGCCAUGCUGUAGGAUAAACAACCGUGAGUGAAACUUGAUAUUAUUAGUGUAAGAACUUUUUUUUUUAUUUUGUUAUCACACAUAGCGUAUAUGACGUUAUUAAUAACAUAAAAUACGUUGAUUUUGAAAUACUAUGAGGAAAUUUCACUGAGGCUGUGUUUAGAUAAUAUCGUUCGUAAUUAUAUAUUGAAGGAUUAUUUUAGGUUUUCUUUGACCAAUGUAAACAGGAACUUUUUUUAGUUAUGAGAAACAGAAUGCAUAUUUUUUCAUACGAAAGUUUGUUCACUUGUGCAAACUAUUUUAUUACAUUCUAUACAAGCAAAUAAAUAAUGGCAUGUCUUUCGAAUAUUGGGGUAUGUAAUAUUCAAUAUCUGGUAAUAAAUAAUUACUUUUACCAUUGGAAUUCAUAAUGAAAACUUCAAAAAUAGAUUUGUGACUACACUCGCAACACCAUAUUCAUAAUCACAUCAAGAUAAUGAAUCAAGUGUCAUGUUAAAAUUCAUGUGAUAUCGCGUAGGACUGCCAAUAAUAAUCACAAGAAUAAUACGCUUUUUCAAGAAAAAAAGUUACAGAGUUCUUUACCUCAUACUAAAUGCUGUCAGGUCCCAUUAUAAAUGUAUGCCCAAAAGAAUUAUGCUUUAAUAAAUUAAUAAUUAACUUCA